GGGAGGGAGAUGCUUUAUUCCUCCAACCUUAUUUAGUCGGUAGCAAAUCUAGCUGAUAAUGAAACUUUCAAGCACUGGGCUUAGAGCUAUAUCCGGCAUGAGAGAGGAGAUGUAUGUUCACUUGAAAGGAAGCUGCGCUGCCUACACCUCGGGGACGCUUCCGUCUAAUUUGGGUGUAGAUUGUAUGAAUACUGCGUUUUACUUCCGUGUGGAAAUAAGUUAAAAAGACCGUGCUGCUCUAGGCUGAUGCCGAGAGAGGAGGGGGGUAUUCGCUUCCGCGUGGAUGAGGCUUCAGUCUUUCCUGAAAUCCUGCAUAGCAAUAGUGUGAAAAUGAAGCCUGUGACUCAGUCCUGCUUAAUCGUUUGGUGCUUUUGGCUUAGUAUUUGUUAUGGGUCUGCUCCAAGAAAGUUCAUUCAUAGUAGACCUUAUUCCCAUGACUGGAAGAAAUUGUAUUUUGUUUAUCACUGGCCAGUGACUGUAUGUAAGAUGAGUGAGAAUGAUUGUGACAGUCCUCCCAUGUAUUGGACAAUCCAUGGCCUCUGGAAGCAUGAGUGGGACAAACAUGGUACUUGUGCAGCCACGCUGGAAUCUCUUAAUUCCCAAAAGAAGUACUUUAGUAAAGCACUGGAACUGUAUGAAAAACUUGACCUCAACAGUUAUCUCUUGAAACUGGGAAUAAAGCCAGGCAGCACCUACUACCAGCUGGGAGCCGUCAAAGAAGCUCUUAUAAGUGUUUAUAACGUAACACCAAAAAUCCAGUGCCUUUCUCCAGAACAGGAUGAAGAAGUACAGACGAUUGGCCAGAUCAAAUUCUGCUUCACUAAGGAUUUUACCUUGAGAAACUGUACUGAGUCAAACGUUGAUUCCUAUUCUGCACAUGAAAAUAUGCUCUCUAGAACGGAAGAUCUGUCUAUCUGCAAUGAUACCUUGAUAAAUUACCCUUCACAUGUUCAGCCUUACAAGUGAAACAACAAGGAAUUAGAAGCAUCUUCCCACAUACUGUUGGCAUUUUAAAGUGGUGUCAGGAUUAAUCCUUCUAUUCUACAAAGGCAUUGUUUGUUUGAAAUGUGUAAGUGGAUUGAUUUGGGUCUGUAUGCAUGAUUUAAAAUAUUAGUAAUUUACAAUAUUAGUACUGCAAGUAGCAGAGGAUUGAUGUUUGUGGUGUGACUACAUUUUGGGCUGUUGAGGUGCCAUUGUAUAUUUACUUCAAACAAGAACUUUAAAACUUCCUUUUCAAUUACCGUACAUACUUGCAUAUAAGUCAAAUUUUUCAGCACAUAUUUGUGCUGAAAAAGCCUCCCUCGACUUAUACGCGAGUGAGGUGUAUUUUUAAAAAUAUUUUAGGGUUUUUACUUUGUUGGCUGCCAGG